UCAACAUGCCAUGUCAUAUCAAGCAAUUCGAAUUUAUACGUGCGUAAAUAUCUAAUUGAAGAAUUUAAGCUAUUCGGAAGUUUAUAAGGUAUACACACGAGCAAAUAAGUAAUCCCUGAUGACUUAAAAUUAUUGUUAUCUCAAUUACCUAGAUUUAUAAAAGCAGAUAUGCGAUAGUUUGAAGGAAGUUGUAUUGUAUUAUUUGUUACAUGAAACUAUCGAAAGACAGUUAUGGAAAAGAAAACAGGGGACACCAGUCUCAGCACUGAUCUAAAUGAAGAUGAUGAAAAUCAGUAUGCUAACAAUGAAAGAUAUAAUGAUUCAAAUGGACAACAUUUUUUACUUCCCGGUGUACACUCACGUUCUCCAAAAAUAGCUGUAGAGUAUAUUAGAAGAUCUGACAUGAAUAGAUAUAGCCCAGCUCUGAAGAAUCUUAUACCAAUACGUCAUGGAAAACAGAAUAAGGAAAGUAUGCCAGCGGAUAAGGCUGGUUUAUUUUCAUACAUUUUUUAUACAUGGAUGACACCAUACAUAUGGAAAGCAUACAAAAAGGGUAUCGAUAUGACAGAUGUACCAUAUAUUUCAUCUUAUGAAACUUGCAAAUAUAAUGCACAUAGAUUGGAGAUACUAUGGCAAGAGGAAUUAGGUAAACGUGGUCCACAUUUAGCAUCAUUUCCAAUUGUUGCCUGGAGAUUUGUGAGAACCAGAAUAUGCAUAGCUUGGUUGUUAUUAACUUGUUCUACAAUUUGUGGAUUUAUAAGUCCUAUGAUAUUGAUGAAAAAAGUAUUGGAACAUGUGCAAUCACCUGAUGAAAAUAUAUGGACAGGAAUAAAAUGGGCAUUCUUAUUGACAUGCUGUGAUCUUUUACGGAUAGUAUUUUUCAAUUGGACUUGGAAUACAAAUAUUAGAACAGCAUUAAGAUUGAAAUCUGCUUGUACUACUCUUUUAUACAAAAAAAUCAUUAGAUUGAAUAGCCUUGGAAAUAAGAGUACUGGAGAGCUGAUUAACUUAUUUACUAAUGAUAGUCAAAGACUUUUUGAUGUAAUCGUUUACGGACCUAUGAUAAUUAGCGGUCCAAUAAUUGUUACUUGUGGUAUAAUUUACAUAUUAUGGGUAUUUAGCCCAUUGGCUCUUCUUGGAACAUUUGCUUUUCUUCUGUUCUAUCCCUGUCAAUACCUGAUAUUUCGUGUAGUAGGAUAUUUUCGUUCCAAGACUGUUGUGAUUACCGAUACACGAGUAAAAUUAAUGAACGAAAUCUUAGAAUGUAUAAAGCUAAUAAAAAUGUAUUCUUGGGAAAGGUAUUUUAGUGGCAAACUUCUUGAUACACGAAAAAAAGAGGAAUAUUGGUUACAUAAAACUGUAUAUUUUCAAAGUCUUGCCAUUUCUUUAACGCCUGCUGUACCUGUUAUAUCAGCAAUCAUUACGUUUCUAGCUCAUUUAUCUUCAGGCAGUAAUUUAACUGCUGCGCAGGCUUUCCCAAUUAUAACAUUUUUCGGAAAUAUGCUGAGAUUGGCACUUGCUUCCCUUAAGAAUACCACCCGAUAUUUUUUCGACGCUCGUAUUGCCUUUAGAAGAAUCAAGGUGUUCCCCUUCGUAUCAUUACUCAAUUCCCAAUUUCGUUCUUCUCUCAUGUUUUUACAAGUGGCCCUGAUUAAUAUCACUGAGUCAAAUAUAACUCUCAACAGAUUACAGAAUGUAUUGCUUUUAGAAGAGCACACAUGCCAAAUAUCGAAACCAAUUGUGAAAUCACAAGCUGUAGCCAUUGCUAAUGGUUCAUUUGUUUAUAAAAAUUCUACUUUGCAACUAACAAGUCAAAAAAUGUUAAUGCAAAUAAGAAGUAACAAAAUUGUAUGGAAUUCGAAUGACAGGUGUGAAUUAGAAAAACUCAAUGAAUCUUCCAAAGAAAGCCAAUACAUAGAAGUAUUGACUGAUAUUAAAUUUGGAGCGGCAAAAGGUGGAUUGAUAGGAAUUUGUGGUCUUGUAGGAAGUGGAAAAUCUAGUCUUCUACUUGCUGCCUUAGGGCAAUUAAAAAUGACAAACGGCCAUAUACUGAGAGAAGGUUCUUGUGCUUAUGUUAGUCAACAGGCAUGGAUUGUUAAUGCAACUCUUAAAGAAAAUAUAUUGUUUGGAAAUCCAUUUGAUGCCAAACGAUAUUACCAAGCAUUGACAGUUUGUAAUCUAAAGGAGGAUUUGAAUAUGUUACCAGGGGGGGAUGAAACUGAGAUUGGAGAAAGAGGUAUAAAUCUUUCGGGGGGACAGAAACAAAGAGUUGCCCUUGCUAGAGCACUUUAUGCUAAUAGAGAUAUUUAUUUUCUGGACGAUCCAUUGAGUGCAGUCGAUGCUCAUGUAGGUUCUUAUAUUUUUAAGAAUUUAAUUCUUGGAGCACUCAGGAACAAAUGUGUUCUUUUUGUAACUCAUCAAGUGCAAUUUUUAAAACACUGUGAUCAAAUCUAUUUAAUGAACAAAGGAAGAAUUGUAGAACAAGGUACACACGACGAACUAAUGCAAUUAAAUAGAGAAUAUACUACAAUGGUAAACAGUACAGUAUUAAAAACGGAGGAUAAUUCAAAAGACAAAAAUUCUACAGUGUCCCAAACAGAUAGUGACAAUCUUAGUUUAUUGAAACAAAUAAAAACUAACUCUACAGAUAAUUUGGGAAAUGGUGAUACAUCGAAAGAAACACGUGGGAAAGGAGCAUCUCUUACUACGGAAGAAAAGGUAGAAACGGGUACCGUAAAAUCGUAUACCUAUCAUACAUACGUAAAAGCCGCAGGUGGUUACAUCGUGGCUAUUUUAGUGUUUUUUACACUUUUUCUGAAUGUUGGAAGUUCUGCAUUUAGUUCUUGGUGGUUAGCUAUAUGGAUUAAGGCUGGUGGUGGAAACAUCACCAAUCUUGAAACGAAUGAAACCAUAAUAUCAGAUAAUUUGAAUGACAAUCCUGAUUUUACAUAUUAUCAAAAAAUUUAUACUUCUUUCAUUGGAGUUAUUUUAUUGACAAGUCUACUACGUGGAUUAGCUAUUACAUACACUACGAUAAGCGCCUCAACAACACUGCACAAUAAAGUUUUUAAGAAAUUGAUUAGAUCACCGGUAACAUUCUUUGAAGUUACUCCCAUUGGAAGAAUACAAAAUAUUUUCAGCCGAGAUAUUGACGAAGUUGACAAUUACAUACCAAUAUCUGUAGAAAAUAUGGUUCAGAAUAUUUUUACUUGUAGCUUUGCAAUUAUAUUUAUAUGUUCAAUACUACCUUGGUUCUGUUUACCAUUAAUUGUUCUGGGAGUUAUAUUUUUCUAUGUCGGCAAAGUUUUUCGAGUAGCAAUGAGAGAUUUUAAACGAAUGGAAAGUAGCUCACGAUCUCCUGUUUUGAGUUUCAUUACAACUACCGUUCAUGGAUUAAGUACCAUUCAUGCAUUUCAAAAAGAAAAAAUAUUUGUAACCAAGUUUGAAGAAUUAUUUGAUUUAAACAGUUUGUGUGUUUAUCUUUGUCAGUCAGCAAUGAGGUGGUCUGCAGUAAGACUUGAUAGUCUAGCAGCUGCUUCAUCUUCUAUUACCGCGUUUCUAGUAAUAGCGCUGAAAUAUCAAUUAUCUCCAGCCUUAGCUGGUUUAGCAAUGGCAUAUUCUACCCAAAUGACAGGCGUUUUCCAGUACACUGUAAGACUAAUGGCAGAAACAGAAACGCGCUUUAUAAGCGUUGAAAGAAUAAGUUACUAUUUGAGGAAUUUGCAAGAAGAAGAUACCCCUAAGAAGGAUGCUAUAAAUCCUUCGAACGACUGGCCCGCUUAUGGCAAAGUAGAAUUUUGCAAAGUUCAGUUAAGAUACAGGAAAGAAUUACCAUCGAUAUUAGAUAACAUUUCAUUUGUUACUAAACCUGGAGAACAUAUAGGUAUCGUGGGAAGAACGGGCGCUGGAAAAAGUUCUCUUAUCGUUGCUUUAUUUCGACUAGUCGAAAUAUCUGCUGGAAAAAUUAAAAUUGAUGAUAUAGAUAUAGGAAAAGUGAAUCUAGAACUACUGAGAAGCAAAUUGUCGAUAAUUCCUCAGGAUCCGGUUCUGUUUAAUGGAACUAUACGAUCAAAUUUGGAUCCUUUUAAAGAAUGUAGUGAUUCUGAAAUUUGGAGCGCUUUGGAGAAAACUAAAUUGAAAGAGAAAGUAAAAAAUAUAUCAGGUCAAUUAGAUGCAUUUGUUGAAGUUGGAGGAGACAAUUUGAGUGUUGGAGAGAGACAACUGCUUUGUUUAUCCAGAGCACUUUUACGUAAUGCAAAAGUAUUGGUACUGGACGAGGCAACAGCUGCCGUUGAUCCUGAAACUGAAGCCGCUGUACAAAGUACAAUACAAAAUGAAUUUUUAAAUUGUACUACAUUAACAAUUGCUCAUCGUUUAAAGACUGUUGUAUCUUGUGAUCGUAUUAUCGUUAUGAGGAAUGGUCAGAUAAUUGAAUUUGACCCACCAUCCGUACUUUUAUCCAACUCAGACUCGGAAUUCUCAAAAAUGAUGGAUGCUGCAAACAAGGCUAUAAAAAACAAAUAACAAUAUUAACAAUAGUAUUAUAUUUAACAAGAAAAGGAAUUAAUCCGAAAUUAAAAACGAUAAGUAUUUUUUAUAACAUGCUACGCACAUUUUUGAAAGAACUAAUAUUUCUUUAAUACUGUAUUAAUUUUACAAUUUAAAAGAAUAUAUUUUUUAUAUAUA